AUGUCAAAGAAAUAUUUUAUAAAUAACCUUGACACUUACAUUGGCGAUGCCUUGUUCCAGGAAAUUAGAAAUGACGUUACAGAGGAUGGAGAGAUCAACGAAGAAGCUAACAUAAUGUAUGGUACUUACUUUGAGAAAGAUUCCUCAGAGAAACCCCAAGGUAUCAAAAAGAUGCUUAAAAGAGGAAAGCCAAGACUAGCAAUGAAGUAUAUCUCUGACUGUGAUGUAAUCAUCUAUGACCUCCACAGAGGAGACCCAAGAGAUAUAGAACUCGCCCUUGGAGCCUUUGAGAAGUACAAGAUUGAAGAAGAAGCUGAAGAAAAAGUUCUGAUCUUAAUCUCCUCAGUAGCUGUCUGGAAGAAUACUGAGCCUAAGUUAGUUGAAAUCAAACCUGAAGGAGAGAAGAAGGAAGGCGAGGGUGAAGGAGAAGGUGAAAAAGAAGAAGAGAAAGACCCAAAUGAAGCUGAAGGCGACAAGGAUAAAGAAGCUGAAGGUGAUAAAGUAGAUGAAGGCGAAGGAAACAAGGAAGGGGAAGGAGAGGGCGCUCAAGGUGAAGGCGAAGAAGCUCAAGGAGAAGGUGAUAAUGAAGGAGAUGAAGAAAUCCCCCAAGUCGAGUAUAGAAAUGAACCAUACACUGAAGUUGAGUAUGCUAUUAGGAAUCCUCCUGAAGACUAUGAGAAAAUUAAAGAGUGGGAAGAUAGGAUUCUUGAACUCAAGAAGAAAGGACUAAAGACUUAUGUUGUUUGUUCAGGCAUCAUUUAUGGAAAUGGAGAGAAAUUAACAGCUUUUAAGAAAGAAGAGACUGUGUUUAAUGACAAGCUUAAGAGUGCUUGGCUUCAAGACCCCGAACAUCUCCCAUAUAUAGAAGAUGGAGAAAACAGAAUUCCAACUAUUCAUGUUGUCGAUUUGGCAAGAUUAGUAAGAAAAGUUUAUGAGACUAAACCUGAGCAUCAAUACAUUUUUGCUAUUGAUAAUACUGAAGAUAGAAGACAGAAAUCUAUUAUUCAAGCUAUUUCAUCUGGUAUUGGAACUGGUAAAACAGAAUCAAAGGAGUAUCAAGUAGAUGAUGCUGUUAGAUUUAACUCAAGACUGGAAUUAACUGAAAGACCAAAUUCAACCCUUUCUAUAGAUCUUAACUUGAAACCUUCACCAUUAAUGGUCCAAGAAUCGAAUGACGAGGAGGCAGAACCUGUAGAAUUCCCAUGGCAUUGUGAGAAAGGUCUUGCUGCAAAUAUCGAUAAAGUAAAGGGAGAAUUCUGUAAAGUCACAAAUCUCAAUCCCAUCAAGAUCUUCAUUACUGGGCCACCUCUUUCCGGAAAGACAUUCUUUGGAGAAAAGCUUGCUGAUCACUACAACAUUCCAUUGAUAAAUUUGAAGAACUUGAUCCCUGAAAUUGAAGCAAUGGAGAUCCUAGAAGGAGAGGAGAAUGAACUCUUGACUAGGAUUAAGAAUUCAGAGAAGCCAUACUCCAACGAAUUACUGUGUGGCAUGGUCAGGCAUAGACUAGAGCAGAAUGACUGUCAACACAGAGGGUUCGUACUUGAUGGGUUCCCCAGGACAUACGAAGAUGCCAAGAACCUAUUCUACUGGGCUCCAAAGAAAAAGGAAAAGCCAAAGAAACCAGAAGGAGAAGGAGAGGGUGAAGAAGAAAAUGCAGACGAAGGUGAGGAGGAAGAAGAUGAAAAGAAGUAUAAGCCAAAAUUCCAAAAGCAUAUUUACCCUGAAUCUGUUAUUAUUCUUGAAGCUACUGAUGAAUUUUUAAUGGAAAAAGCUAAGAAAUUGCCAAGUGAAGUGAUGAAGAACUCACAUUAUUAUGAUAAUCAUAUGAAUAGAAGACUUGCAGCCUGGCAUCAAGGAAAUACUAUUGAUGAUUACAGAUAUGGGCUUGAACCAGGAAAGCCAGCUUUAACGACUGCUAGGUUCUUCCAAGAAAAGGAGACAGAGUUGUUAGACAUCUUUGCAGGAAUUGGCAUCUUUGAGCUCUUUGAAAGCUUAAGAAUCUAUGUUGAAAGACACGGAAGACCUUAUAAUUACUUAUCUCCAUUGGAUAAGCUUAAUAAUGAUAGACAUAUCCAAUUAGAGCAACAUGAAAAUGAUUCAAUCAAGAUUAAAGAAGAAAGAGAUCUGGCCGAGGUUCAAAAUAAAGAAAAAUAUGAAACAAGGCUUCAAAAGCUAGCUCAAGAUAGGCUGCCACAAAUAAAGAAACAUUCUGAAGAUCUGAAGAAGGUAAAGGAUCUUAAGACUAGAGAUUUUCUAAUGAAGAAUAUUGUUCCCACAUUAUCAGAAGGCCUUAUUGAGAUCACAAAAGUUGCUCCAAUAGAUCCAAUUGAUUAUUUAGCAGAGUACAUAUUCAACAAAUCAAAUGAUUUACAUGAACAUGAAGCAUAAUAGUCUAAUUCAAAUUGAUUUUA